UAGAUAGCUAAUAUUAGCCCUCCGCCACAGGUCCUGACUCCUGACUCCUGACUCCUACUUCCGUAGCAGGUGAAUGAUUUAGCUCAGUGUGGCUAUCUCAGAAUAGCAAGGCCGGCGGAAGGAUGUCCAUGUGCCUGGCCCUGGCCACGGCCACGGCUUGCUCCAUCUUCCGCUCUCUGGCCCAGUCCUCUUGUGUUUACCUGCCCAGAUGCCUCAUGACCAGGCUGAUGGGUCACCGUAAGCAAGUAAGGGACCGGCUCGGUGGCAUUUCUCGAUUGGCUUCGGAACAACCCACACACGGAGUGAUGACUGUGGACGGGCGGACGCGGCAUUACAGUCCCACCUCCAAUCCACUCACCCACCCACUCGCAGGUGGCCUAUGGUGAUGGUGUUCUGCAUACACUCCGGAAGACUGCACCAACGAUGCAAUCGCAAGCCAACUACCGCUGUAUGUAGUUUCGCGCAUACGUUCUGGC